AUGGGCCAACAGCCAUGCGUUGCCGGGGCUGCAGCAGAGUUUCUGCCAGAUGAUCUGAGCAGAAGGACAAAGAAGAAGGCAAUGCGAUCGCUGGACAUCCUCAGCGAAAAUGAAGGUAUUGACCAACAAGCUCAGGAUGAUUACGCCAAGUUGUUUAGACAUCCUCUGUCUGAUUCACACCUCCGGGCGCUGUCUGCUCUGUUCAAGUGUUCCUUGCCUGUGGACUUUGGCCAAGGGGUUGACAGUGAAAUGUUGGGAUUGCUUUCUGUUAUAUGUUUGGUCGGCUUCAAAUGUGUUUUUAUGGAUCCUGCAAAAAUUUUAAUUUGGAAUGUUAGGGGUCUAAAUUCUACCUCCAGGCAAGACUCCGUACGCUCUAUUGUGGAUUCCUCUCGGUCGGACAUUGUGUGUAUUCAGGAAACCAAAGUCACAGAUAUGUCUCGCAGAAUUAUUCUCUCUAGUCUAGGCUCGGAUUUCUCUGACUUCAUUGCUGCUCCUUCUGUUGGAGCCAGUGGAGGAAUCUUGAUCGCUUGGAGACAGCAUAUUGGAGUUUCUCUAGCUCGGCGGGUUGACCACCACAGCGUAACAGUUCAGUUCUCUACAGAAAAUGGGCAGUCACGGUGGUUGACCAGUGUGUAUGGACCCCAAGGCAAUGACGACAAAAUUCAGUUUCUGCAGGAGUUAAGGGAUAUUCGUGCAGCAUGUCCGGGACCAUGGGUGGUGGCUGGGGAUUUUAAUCUAAUCUACAGAGAUGAGGACAAGAAUAAUGCUAAUUAUAAUAGGGCAAUGAUGGGUCAUUUCAGAAGGUUCAUCAAUGAUUUGGCUCUCAAAGAGAUACCCCUGCAUGGUCGCAAGUACACGUGGUCAAACCAGCAAAACUCUCCAAUCUUGGUAAAAUUGGAUCGAGUGCUAUGCUCAGUCGACUGGGAAGAGAAAUUUCCCAACUGCUUGCUUCAGAGUAUGGCUUCAGAUGAUUCUGAUCAUUUCCCUUUUCUGCUGGGCCUCCAAGAUAAUAGACCAGGACGACCCAGAUUUCACUUUGAGUCCUUUUGGACAAAACUUGAUGGGUUCCAGGAGGCUGUCGCUUCAGCGUGGGCUUCAACCCCUGCUGGCCCAUGCCCUUUUAUAACUCUAAACAAGAAGUUUAAAGCUGUUACCAGGGGCCUGCAGAGUUGGAGUGAUAAGGCGCUUAUUGCGGGAGAACGGGUUUGCACCAGCCAUGAGGACAAGACUGCAGUUAUUGAUGACUUUUAUGAAAAUCUGCUGGGAACCUGUACAGUAAGGGAGCACAUGAUCAACUUGGCUGAUUUGGGAAUUAAUGCACAAGAUAUGUCGGAGCUUGAACUUUCCUUCACUGAAGAUGAGGUCCUAGCUGAAGAUAUACCUACUAUUGUUUCUGGUAUUUCAUUUCCCAAGUCGAUGCGCUGGAACUCCAAUAUUGUUUUUAGUCGUCCAAUACGCUGGAUCCUGGCACUUCAUGGCGAUUUUGUUGUUCCAUUUUAUUUUGCUGGUAUCUCAAGUGGGAAUCAGUCAUGUGGCCUUCGUAACUCUUCUUUGGCUAAUUUUGAGGUGGAAACUGCAGAAUCAUAUUUACAUAGUGUGGAAAAAGCUGGGAUCUUGAUUAAUAUGCAGGAGCGGAAGGAAAAAGUCUUGCAUGCCUCUACUGUAUUGGCUGAAGGUGUCGGUGGCGAUUUUGUUGCGCCUGAUAGCUUGCUGCAGGAGGUUGUCAAUCUUGUGGAGGCGCCUGUGCCCAUCCUUGGUCGAUAUGAUGAUUCCUUCUUAGAACUUCCGAAAGAUGUACUGAUUACGGUUAUGCAGAAACACCAGAAGUAUUUUGCUGUAAUCUCCAAGUCCACAGGCGAUCUGCUACCUUAUUUUAUUGCUGUUGCCAAUGGUGCAAUUAGCGAGGAAGUUGUCCGCAAAGGGAAUGAAGCUGUUCUCAGGGCAAGGUAUGAGGACGCCAAAUUUUUUUAUAAGAUGGAUACACAAAAGAAAUUUUCUGAAUUCCGAGGCCAGCUUAGUGGCAUUCUUUUUCAUGAAAAACUUGGCACAAUGCUCGAUAAAAUGACACGUGUUGAGAAUACUGUUGCUGAAUUGGCCCUUAUUCUCGGAAUAAAUGAGAGAAUGAUCCCAAUCAUCAAAGAUGCGGCUGCAUUGGCUAUGUCAGAUCUUGCCACUUCUAUUGUCACAGAAUUUACUUCACUUGCUGGAAUUAUGGCACGCCAUUAUGCUUUGAGAGAUGGCAUCCCUGAAGAGAUUGCAGAAGCACUAUUUGAGAUAACACUUCCUCGGUCUUCGGGUGAUGUGUUUCCAAGAACAGAUGCUGGUAUAGUCCUUGCGGUUGCUGAUAGAUUGGAUAGCCUAGUUGGAUUGUUUGGAGCUGGAUGCCAGCCAAGUUCUACCAAUGACCCAUUUGGACUUCGAAGGGUCUCUUAUGGACUGGUCCAAAUAUUGGUUGAGAACAAGAAGAGCUUUGACCUCAGGCGAGCUCUCACCUUAUUGGCUGGGGUGCAACCCAUAGAAAUAGAGACUAAUGUUAUAGAUGAGGCAGUACAAUUCAUCACAAGGAGACUGGAACAACUUCUGGUGGAUGAGGGAAUUAACUGCGAGAUAGUCCGUUCAGUGCUUAUGGAGCGUGCAAACUGCCCUUAUCUAGCAGCACAAACAGCAACUGAAAUGGAAGCAUUUUCAAGAACGGACACUUUUCCAAAAGUUGUUGAAGCGUAUUCAAGGCCAACAAGGAUCAUCCGUGGAAAAGAAAUUGAGUCUGUUUUGGAGGUUGACCCAAGUGUAUUCGAGAAAGAUGAAGAAAAAGUUUUGUGGAGCGCCUACUUGGAGGUUGCUGAUAAGAUCCAUCCUGGUGUUGAUAUUAAGACCUUUGCCGAUGCUUCUCUGCUCCUGAUUCAACCCCUAGAAGAUUUCUUCAAUAGUGUCUUUGUCAUGGCGGAAGACGAGAGAGUUCGCAACAACCGGCUAGCGCUGCUGAGAAAGAUUGAGAGUUUGCCCAAGGGAAUUGCAGACCUGUCAAUUUUACCUGGGUUUUAG